CUGCAGGUUCGUAUUUAGAAGCCACCGUUUAAAAUGAUAUUGUGAAAGUUGACUUGUUGGAGCAAAACUGAAGGCACGAAACAAAAUUUCCGAGAACAAACGAGAUUUGUCGUUUACUACGUCAUUAACCUCGUCGUGAGCUACUUUUCGACGAUGACAGCUAGUAGCGUAAGAAAAUCCGAGAGGGUUUGUAAAAUUGAACAGUAAAAAAUACCCGGAAGCUAGUUACCCAAACAAAGAGUCUCAAAGACCAAGGACGCGACAAAUUUGGAGGAACGAAAACGAAAAUUGUGACGCGUUAACUCUGACAAAAACUAUUAAAAAGCAAGACAAUAAACUGAUUUGACCGAACAACAAUUUAUCACAAUACUGCAAAUAUCUCGAUUUCUUUCAACUUCAUAAGAUGAUAGAACCUGAGUAAAAGAUGAAAUACUGAAAAAAAUACUAAAUAAAUAAUCUUUGAAAUUUCAAAUAUUUAAAAAAUGAGAUUUGAUACUGUAAACUGAUUGGGAAAAUUGCAGCAACAGUGGAUUAAAGAUCAUAAUCUAAUUUAAUUCCUUGAUGUCGAAUUUCAAAGUGAAACACCCUAUAGAUACUGAAGAGAGCGAAGACAGUUAUACUAGUAACAUCUGUAUGCUUUGAUAUAUCGUAUUCAAUCUGCACCCUGUAUAUGCAUGAGUCAAACAAUGCCAAACAUCACCAUAACAACGAUUCGUUUCUCUUUUGUUCAGCUGAAGUAUUCGAGAGAAUUUGCGGAACACAGAGAAACAGUAAUUUAACAAACUGUUUUAGAAGUCUUAAUUCUAGCGCCUUACCGAGAAAUAUAACGUAUCAUAUUUACGACUGUACAUCAUGAACACUGAUUUGUCGAUGCAAGGAAGCAUGAAUAAGAUAACGUAUAAUCUACAGAAAGAGGAAGAGAACCGUAUUUUGGAACGUAAUCGAAAUAUAUUGUACCUCAUAUAUGAUUAUCUGGAUCAAAAUGGAUAUGUACAAACUAACGUUGCUCUACUUCGAGAAGCUCGUCUAACUCAAGAGUAUCGGGUCUGCGACAACAUCGAUUUGAAAAUAAUUAUUGCGGAGUAUGAAAAUUAUUAUAAGAUGAAGUUUCAGAAGUACCCUAUGUUGUGUGCGAAAAUAACAAAGGAAACGUCAAAUGCAAAGAAAGUAACAAACAAAUCAAAAGUCCCAUUGCCUACAAUUUGCAAACGUGACUCAGUAAAAGAAAAAAAUGAACAGGAAAAGAAUGAUGACGAUACGAAUAAUAUUAAUCUCGCAAUGACAGUGACGUCGAUUUUCCCUAAUCAGAACUGUGGAGCUCCAUCAGAAGAACCACUUGAUCAUCUAAAGGAACGAACGAACAUACAAUCGAAGAUAUCGAAUUGCAUUGAAAAAUUAUAUCCAGGAAAUUCGGAAUUGCAAAAGAUCGCUGAAGAUAUUUCACGCGAGAUCAUAUUGAACAAAUUAAAUGUACAUUGGGACGAUAUCGUAGGACUAGAAGAAUGUAAAACCGCUGUUAAGGAAGCCGCUGUGUAUCCUGUUAAAUACCCUAUCUUUUUCAACGGCCUAUUUUCUCCUUGGAAAGGUAUUUUGUUGUACGGGCCGCCUGGCACAGGCAAAACGAUGUUAGCAAAGGCAGUCGCGACAGAAUGCCAUUGCACUUUUUUCAAUAUAACGGCCAGCUCAUUGGUGAGCAAAUGGAGAGGCGAUUCCGAAAAAUAUAUACGUGUUUUAUUUGAUCUUGCCUACAGUCAUUCCCCUACAGUUAUUUUUAUUGACGAAAUUGAUUGGAUAGCCAUAAACAAUGAAAACUAUACAUUAUCUGAACCUGCAAAGAGAUUCAGAUCAGAAAUUCUUGCUAGGCUGGAUGGAUUAGUAUCUACUGAAAAUUCUAAUGUAAUUCUUCUAACCGCAACUAAUUGCCCUUGGGACAUUGAUGCAGCUUUGCUCAGGCGUCUUGAGAAAAGAAUAUAUGUAUCGUUACCCGACGAAACUGCCCGACUUAAAAUGUUCAAAUUAUAUCUCAGCAACCAUUUAUUAGAAAACAUAGAUAUUAUAAACGACAUAAUAAAGUACAGUGAAAUGUAUUCUUGCGCGGACAUAAAAUUACUUUGUAAACAAGCAUGGAUGUUAGAAAUAACUCCAAUAUGGAAAAAACUUGAAAAAGAGGAAAUGUCUAUCGGAAAUUUAAAAUAUGAAUUAAGGAAUUAUCAAAUAUUAGCAAACUUGAUGAAAGAAACAUUACCUACAGUUACGAACGUAAAUAAAUAUAAUUUGUGGAAUAAAAAGAAAGACUCAGAGAAUCGUCACAUCUUCUAGUUUCAUAAAUUAUGUUUAAAAGAAUCAGAAAAUAAAGAUUCUUU